AUGAGCCAACUACCACCUAUCCCUCUGUCGGUUCGGGAGGGUUGGGCCAGAAGUCAACCUCCCACGACCCAUCAUAAUCUAGACAAACGACAACAUCCUCACGGACAUCCAACCCCCCCUCCACAUGUACACUCGGCUGUUUUCUCUCCAGAAAGCAGUCCGAAAAGCCGUGGACUUCCAACGCCGCCUCCACCAAAUCUCGGCCCACCUUUGAAUGGCCGGAACGAUGGGGUGCUGAUUCGCCGUCCUGCUCCCAACACUCGUAAUCUCCCACCUGCAGCCAACGCACCACAGUUUUUCACGAUGGACGGCCGGGCAAUACCCCAAACGGUAACCAGCCCAUCUCAACCACCCACACGGAUUACAGCAAGUCUGCCGCGCACCGCUCAGCACUCCCCGCCCAUGUUUGCCUCCCCCCAGACGAUUUCAUCAUCGCCAGACCUCGCUAUCACCCGUGUCCAGCCUACUCCACAACCCAGACCCUCAGCAUACGACACACUCAGCACAGUUGUUGCCGACUUUCGUGCAGAACGAGAGGCAAUGCAACAGGAGCGGAAGAAGCUGGUCGCGGAAAACGCAUCACUGAAACAAACCAACUUUGCGUUGAUGAAGUCAGAAAAUGAGGCGCGGGCGCGGAUGCAUGCUUUGGAAGAGCAGCUGGAGCGGUCAAGAGCGGAGCGGGAACAAGCGCAUAAAGCUUUUGUUGACGCUUCGGCUGGGCGGCAUAAUGACGGUAUCGCGUUUGCGAAGGAGCGACAGUGGCUUAACCAGGCCCUCCUUUCUGAGCAGCAAGUGCGCGCAAGUGCCGCGCAACGAGCCCAACUGACUCUGAUGGAGAACGAUCACCAUGCCAGAGCUACAAUUGCGGAGUUGCAGCAGAGAAAUGCCCGUUUACAAAGCGACUUGAAUGCUGUUGGACGAGACCGAGAAAGUUUGAUGAGGGAGAGAACGGAGCUUCAGGAUCGUCUUCGUUUGCUAGAGCUCCAAAUUUCACAACAACAAACAACAGUGAAUCCAGCGCAUCUACAAGACGGUGUAAAAUCCGAGCCGGUUGCCCCAUCUAUUCCCCUCGCAGGCCCAUCGUCCGAUAACUGGCAGUCCUCGUCGUCAUUUUUCAGCUUCGAGCCUUCAUCUCCUCGAAAGGCCAAGCGGUCUCGUGCUGAAUACGAGGAUCAGAAUGUAGAAGAAUUCAGCCUCGGACCAGAGUUUCCUCGCCUGGUUCCUAUCUCGAACGUCGGUGUCGCAAAUAGCCCGAGUAAUUGGGUCAUGGCGAUUCGAAAAACGCAGGAGAAUAAGCCGGCCGCAGGAAGUUGA